UGUUUCACUUUGUUUCUCGGCCGAGGCUGAGCCACGUACUUCAAACAAAGGGCAACCAAUUACUAACCUCUGGUUGCUAGGUGUGGUCUCCUUUCAAAUUCUAUAAAAUCAGAAGCACUAGGCUUCACUUCUAGUGUGAAACCUUCAGAGGAGAAUCUCUCUCCAGUGCUUUGGAAGAAGGUGAAGAAAAAGGAUACUUCUUUGAAAAUGGCAAUGGUAUCAGAAUUCCUCAAACAGGCCUGGUUUAUUGAAAAUGAAGAGCAGGAAUACGUUAAAACUGUGAAAAGCUCCAAAGGCGGUCCUGGGUCAGCAGUGAGCCCCUAUCCUAGCUUCAAUCCAUCCUCGGAUGUUGCCGCCUUGCAUAAAGCGAUAACAGUCAAAGGUGUGGAUGAAGCAACCAUCAUUGACAUUCUGACUAAGAGAAACAAUGCGCAACGUCAGCAGAUCAAAGCAGCGUAUCUCCAGGAGAAAGGAAAGCCCUUGGAUGAAGCUCUGAAGAAAGCCCUUUCUGGUCACCUCGAGGAAGUUGUUUUGGCUCUGUUAAAAACUCCAGCCCAGUUUGAUGCUGAAGAGCUUCGUGCUGCCAUGAAGGGCCUUGGGACUGAUGAAGAUACUCUGGAUGAAAUUUUGGUAUCAAGAACUAACAAAGAAAUCAGAGAGAUUAACAGAGUCUAUAGAGAAGAACUGAAGAGAGAUCUGGCUAAAGAUAUCACCUCAGACACAUCUGGAGAUUAUCGGAAUGCUUUGCUUUCUCUCGCUAAGGGUGACCGAUCUGAGGAUUUUGGCUUGAAUGACGACUUGGCUGAUACGGACGCCAGGGCUUUAUAUGAAGCAGGAGAAAGGAGAAAAGGGACAGAUGUGAAUGUGUUCAUUACCAUUCUCACCACCAGAGCGUAUCCCCAUCUUCGCCAAGUGUUUCAGAAGUACGCCAAGUACAGUAAGCACGACAUGAACAAAGUUCUGGACCUGGAAAUGAAAGGGGACAUCGAGAAAUGCCUCACAGCUAUUGUGAAGUGUGCCACAAGCAAACCGAUGUUCUUUGCUGAGAAGCUUCAUCAUGCCAUGAAGGGUGCUGGGACUCGUCAUAAGGCACUGAUCAGAAUUAUGGUCUCCCGUUCUGAAAUCGACAUGAAUGAUAUCAAAGCAUGCUAUCAGAAGUUGUACGGUGUCUCCCUCUGCCAAGCCAUCCUGGAUGAAACCAAGGGAGAUUAUGAAAAAAUCCUGGUGGCUCUCUGCGGAGACUAACAUUCCUUUGAUGACCACAAGCUUCUUGAUCAGAAGACUUUUUAAUCAUAUAUUUUCAUUCCAUAUCAUACACUUAAAUAGUAAAGUUUUCUCAGCAGGAUUAUAGUCUAGCUAAAUGCUUUUUGAAAAAUAUAGCCUAAAAAUCAUUUUUAUAUCACAACUCCAUAUGAUAGAGAGUAGCUUUUUUAAACUAUACUUAUCCCAAACUAUAAAACCUCAUAAACAGGUUGUUCUGGUAACAUUACCUGAGAAAGAUGUUUGUGCAGCAGAAAAUAAAAUGAUUCUUCUAGGGACUUCUAGAAGUCAUUGGUUCUUCUAUUCUGAUUCUGUGUGUGUGUGUGUGUGUGUGUGUGUGUGUGUGUGUGUGUGUAAUGCAGUGGUUUUAUUUGGUACCAAGGGAAAGGAGCUUGAAUCCUAAAUUAUAAUCAUUUAAUGAAAUAGAUUUUGCACAUCAAACUUAAGAAAAUAGUCAGAGUUGGAAAAUGGACUCCUUACAUUUUAUCAUCUGGGUACAGAAAAUGGAGAGCAUGUCUGUAUAAUAAUGGAUUUAUUGCAUCGGUAUUGUAACAAUUGAACAUUCUGCUGUGUUUCACGAACCAGUGUGAAGAAGAACCAGGAGCAGCAAUUAAAAUGUGUCUAUUAAAAUGCAUGUUGCAUGUUGAGUUUUCAAAGUAACUGUCAAACUGUUUCCAGAGUGGCCGUGCCAUUUUACUUUUCCAUAAUGAGCGUAUGACCAUCUACUUUCUCCACCACCUUGCCAGCAUUUGUUACUGUCACUAUUUUGUAUUUGGACAGUUUGUUUUUUAUUGUUGAGUUUGAGAAGUCUUUAUAUGCUCUAGAUAGUAGUCCUUUGUCCAAUCCGCAGUUUGCAAAUACUUCCUCUCAGUCUGCAGCUUGUAUUUUUAUCCUCUUACCAGGUCUCUCUCAGAACAAACACUUUAAAUUUUAAUGUGGUUCCAUGUUUCAGUUUUUUCUUUUAUCGAUUGUGCUUUUGGUAUCACAUCUACAGACUUUUUUACUAACCUGAGUUCCUGAAAAUUCCUCUUCUGUUGUUUCCUAAAGGAAGUUUUAUAGUUUUCCAUUUAACAUCUAAAUUUUGUGAUCUGUUUUGAACAAAUUUUUGUGUAAAGUGUGAAACUUAGGUCAAAGCUCUUUCUCUCUUUUUUUGUUUGCUUUUUUUUUUUUUUUUUGCUUGUGGAUAUCCAAUGGCUCCCCCCACCCCAUUUGUUGGAAAGGCUAUCUUUCGUCUAUUGAAUUGUUUUUGCACUUUUGUAAAAGAAAUCAGUUAUUUUCCUCUGAAAGUAUUCAUACCACAUAGGUGGCAAUCUAAUCUAAACUAAUCUAUCUAAUUUAAUUUAAUUUAUCACCACCAAAAGAAUCAAGUUGGGUGUUUUAGUUUCUGACCAUUCUAGCUGCAUUCACCUGAUUGCAGCUUUAUUUGCCUUGACCUCUGCCCUUCACUUUCUUCCACGUAUAUCUGGUCCCAUGCAUCCUAUGGAACAGUCAUGAUGACUUGGGUCCUGAUAUAUCAGCCAAAGGAGGCUGGCAGAAAUGCCUAUUACAGUCUCUGGAUUUUUUAGUUCUUUUGCUAUUAUAUAAGAUACCACCCUGGUGUGUUUCUUUGGGAAGGACAAGUACCUGAGUGGGAAAUUAGAGGUGGAAAAGGACUAUAGUCUCCUGCUCCAUGACCAGCUACUGAAAUUAAACACGAUGCUAAGAAAUUAGUUUUUCCAGGGCCCUUUGGGUGACUCAGUUGGUUGAGCAUCCGACUUUGGCUCAUGUCAUGAUCUCACAGUCUGUGAGUUCAAGCCCCACGUCAGGCUCUGUGCUGACAAGUCAGAGCCUAGAGCCUGCUUCAGAAGCUGUGUCUCCCUCUCUCUCUAUGUCCCUCCCUUCCC